CCUCCAAAUCAAUGCCCUGAUUGUAAAAAUACGGAUGAUAACGUCAAACUCUUUUCCAAUCGAGUAACUAGAAUCGAAGAAAUUAUUGAUAACUUUAAUGAACGUCCUCAAAAAACAAAUUCUGAGCGAUUUUCCAUAUUCAAUGCAAAAUUCACAUUGAAAAACGUUCCCUGUGAAAUAGAAUAUGAUUUGGCAAGCUUCACUAUAGAAGAGUUGCAAAAACUAGCAAACAUUACAACGCAAAAUUUCAAUUGA